GCUAAACACGGGGGUUCCAUUUUCUGAGUAGUAAAUUGGGGGAAAUUAGAUUCUUCACAGUUGUUGAGGGCUUUGACAGAUGGGUCAUUGUACAUGGUGACGGUCUUCUCAGAUUCAAAUUCCUGAAACGUCACACCCCUCUACUCUCUCCUCACAUCGCCAAUCAGAUUCGCCACGCCCGACCUUCCACCUAGGGUUUCCACCUCAAAUUCCAGAUUUUCUCCUCCGUCAAUUUCGACCGUUGCCUCCUCUUUUCAAAUGCGCUGCUCCUGUAGAUCCGUGGCGGGAUUCGCUUCACUUUGAAUUUCCUUCUCCCAAAAAACAAAUACAGGUACAUGGUUGAGGAGCUUCCUCAAGCAGAGGAGGCCUGAUAUAAAAUCCAGUAGUCGUGUUCAAUCUCUCUGCCUCUUAAUUACCUGAGGAAGUAACUUACGGAUAAUUAAGACUACUGGAUAAUGGAGUGCAACAAAGAUGAGGCAGUUCGGGCCAAAGAAAUAGCAGAGAGGAAAUUUUCAGAAAGGGAAUAUGUUGGUGCAAAGAAAUUUGCUCUCAAGGCUCAAAAUCUGUAUCCUGAUUUGGAGGAUAUUACCCAGCUCUUGACAACAAUUGAUAUUUAUAUAUCUGCUGACAAUAAAGUAAGCGGAGAAAUGGAUUGGUAUGGUAUACUUGGAGUGAGUCCCUUUGCUGAUGAGGAGACUGUCAGGAAGCAAUACAGGAAGCUGGCUCUCACCCUUCACCCUGACAAAAACAAGUCUUUGGGUGCAGAGGGUGCAUUUAAGUUGGUUUCAGAGGCAUGGAGUUUGUUAUCAGAUAAGACCAAGAGACUCGAAUAUAACCAGAAGAGGAGUUUGAAAGGAUUCCAGCAUAAUACUUCCAACCAUGUUGGAUCUAAAUCAGAUGCACCCAGUUCAAAUGGUUUUUACAAUUUAAAGAAGAAUGUAACUUCAAAUGUCAGGACUGGAAAUAAUAAUGGUCGGGCACCUUCAACUGCAGUUCCUCCUCCACAUAAAAAAGCUGAUACCUUUUGGACGAUCUGCAAUCGGUGCAGGACACAUUAUGAAUAUCUCAGGAUUUAUUUGAAUCACACCCUUUUAUGUCCAAACUGUAAUGAAGCUUUUGUUGCUGUAGAGAGGGGUCCACCACCAAAUGUUUUUAAGCCACCAAAUUGGUCUUCUCAUCAACAACGACAUCAAAAUUCUCAACACCAUGCUGGAAGUAAUAAUACAAACUUUCAGUGGGGUUCUCACAAUAGAAUGGCUGGUUUUGGUAGCACAGAUGGAUCAACAUCUGUUGCAGCUCAAGCUGCAAGUGUUGUGCAACAGGCAAGUGAGAAAGUAAGGAGAGAGGGUUCCUUUCACAAAGCUGAAAAACCUAUGAAAAAAAGAAGGACAGAUGAUAUUCGAGUUAAUGGCUAUCAAGGAUACAUGGCUAAUCAUAUGACCGGGGGACAUGGAGCAGCUGGCUUGGGAAGCUUUUCUGAAUCAGGAAAGGCUAACUUGGAAGCAGAAAGGAAUUAUGGUUUUUCAGGUCUGCCUGGCAAGCAUUACAGCACAAGGGAAUUGUCAAUGUUUGAAUUACGAAACAUGUUGAUGGACAAGUCACGCAAUGUAAUUCGUAAGAAACUUCAAGAAUGGAAAUCAAUGGCUGAAGCUAAGAUUAACAGGGAUAAAGAAAAUAAGAGACAGAAAAGCACAUUAACAACUGGUUCAGAAAAGCUGAGAGAGCCUGCUGUCAAUGGUAACAGGCAUCCAAACAUUGAUUCUUUCCCUGUCAGAAGUGACCAAGCUUAUGUUACCAUCAAUGUUCCAGACCCUGAUUUUCAUAACUUUGAUUUGGACAGAGAUGAAAGUUCCUUUGCCGAGGACCAGGUGUGGGCUGCGUACGACGAAGAUGAUGGAAUGCCUCGAUAUUACGCUAGAAUUCACAAGGUGAUCUCUAUAAAGCCAUUUAAAAUGAGGAUCAGUUGGCUUAAUUCUCGAAGCAACAGCGAAUUGGGCCCAAUAGAUUGGGUGGGCUCUGGUUUUUAUAAGACUUGUGGGGAUUUCAGAACUGGCAAGCACGAAAUAUCUGAAUCAUUAAAUUCUUUCUCUCACAAGGUUAGGUGGACAAAAGGCACGAGAGGUGUUGUUCGCAUCUUUCCUGGAAAGGGGGAAGUCUGGGCUCUUUACAGGAACUGGUCUCCUGAUUGGAAUGAACAUACCCCAGAUGAAGUGAUACACAAGUAUGAUAUGGUGGAGGUGCUCGAAGAUUUCAAUGAAGAACAGGGCAUAUUAGUUACCCCUCUAGUUAAGGUAAUUGGUUUUAGGACUGUGUUUCAAAGGCAUGCAGACCGUGAUCAGGAGAAGAGGAUUCUUAAAGAGGAAAUGUUUCGAUUCUCUCAUCAGGUUCCUAAUUGCUUGUUGACUGGCCAAGAAGCUCAGAAUGCUCCAAAGGGUUGUCGAGAGUUGGAUCCAGCCGCUACUCCUUUAGACCUCCUUCAGAUAACCACAGAAGCUAAUGAGACAUCAGAUAAUGCAUAGGAUCUAUGGGGAAGAAAUGAGGCUCGCUUCACCUGCUGUGAAAUGGGACAGAGAAUGCAUAAAAACCUUGUAGAGCAGAAAUGUUAAACGAGGGUAGUAAACAGAAAAAAAAAAGAAUGCAAAGGAUAGAAAUGUUUGUGUGACUGAUGAUGCAAUAGGCUUGAGAAAUCAAAAUGAAGAUUGAUGAAAAUACAGUCUUUCACGACUCUUUCAUUUUGUAAGGCCUGACAAAGAUAUUUUAUAGUAAACUUUUGGUGUUACAUAUGGGUCGAAGGGAUCCACAGCUUUUCGGUUUUUGUUGUAUAAUUUCCAGACAUGGCAGUUAUCAUUCAUCGUUCUGCAAGCAAAAUGAAUAGACUAGUUCUGGCAUUUCAUGUCGUCCUAUGCCUGGUGCUUUACUCUUCCAGUUUAUGGACGUGCAUGUUCUGUCUUGUGUGAUAAACUCGUGAGUUUUAAUUACAUCUGAUUCAUUUCCUAA